CUUUUGUGAAACUUCUUUGCUUUGUUUUUGUCAAGAAGUUAUUGAAGGAGUCAGUUUGCACAAUGGAGAAGAUCAUCUGGACUUUUGGGAUGCUUCUUUUAUCAGAUCUGUGUGCAGGUCAGAACAUUUUACCUCCAGGACCCCUGAGUGGAGCAGUGGCCGACACGGUGGUGUUCAGCACCACCCUCAGACCCCCGGCGAGUCCAUUCCUGUCUAUCAGCUGGAACUUUAAAGGUGUCAACAUCAUCACAUCAACCAGCACCAACAUCAUUGAUCCUGGAUAUGCCAACAGGAUCACACUGGACCGAGCUACUGGAUCCCUGGAGCUCAGGAAUCUGGUUCUGCAGGACGGCGGGGAGUACACACUCACCAUCACACCAGACGGGGGGCUGCAGAUGCAGGGGAGGAUCGUCCUCAACGUUUACACACCUAUAACCGGAGCCACCAUCCGCAGCACUUCAUCUGUGCUGAUAGAGGAGAAAAGCUCCACUAACCUCACCUGUGAGGCCUCCGGCUCUGUCAGCAGCAGAGAGUGGAUGAAAGAUGGCCACCUCAUUCAGGCGGGAGACAUGAUCAGUUUUUCUGCAGACAACAGCACAGUGUUUUUCCAUCCUGUCCUCAGCUCCAGCCAUGGCACCUACCAGUGUCGGGUCAGCAACCCAGUGAGCGCCCAAACGGCUGACUUUCAACUCACUGUCAACUAUGGACCAUAUAAUGUGUCCAUUAUUGGACCAUCCACUGUGUCAUCUGGAGACACAGUGAUACUGCAUUGCUUAGCAGCUUCAGUCCCUCCAGCAAACUUCAGCUGGAUGUUCAACGGCAGCCAAACACACAUCAACACAUCCCUGUUUGUUAUUGAGAGGUUCUGGGCACAAAACAGCGGGGACUACAACUGCACCGCCAUCAACAUGGUGACCAUGAAGGAAAACUCCACAGUUCUGAAUCUGAGAGCUUCCGGGUCUGUGAGCUGCUGGUCCUUUUCAGUGUUGGUCAUCAGUGCAUUCAUGUUGAGAGAAUUUAUAUUUUGAGAAGGCGGGUAAGUGUGACUAAAGAUUCUUUACAACUUUUUAUUACAACUGCAAACCAUUUCUUACGUUUAGUUAUACAGUCUUUGGUUGUUUUAGUCGAACUUGUUUACUGGAUUUUUUUUGGAGAGGAAGCCUCAAAUUAGAAACCACAGACAAAAUGUUUUUUUUUUCAUUCAAUCCACUAAACUGUUGAAAACGAGGGCUGCACGGUGGUACCAUGGUUAGUGCUCUUGCCUCAAAGUAAGAAGCCCCCUGUUUCAAGUCCUGGCUAGGGAACAUGGAAAACAACAUCAAUUUGAUCAAAAAUUUGCAUGUUCUCCCAGUGCAUCUGUGGGAUCUCCGGCUUCAAAAACAAAAACAUGCUUCAUAGGUUA